AUGUCAACAAAUAGACGAUUUUACAUAGGUAAGUGGAGGCAACUGUCCGUAAACUGGAACUAAAUACAUUGGCAUAACAGAGCCUGUUCAGCUUGGAACGAGGUUGUUUGUUGUGACAAGCGUUCACGUGGUUUGUUCUCAGCUCCCACCCGUCUUGCUUUUUAAACGGCUUUUUAUGUUUGUGAAGUCGUAUUCAUGAUUUUCGCGCAAUUAUGUGGCUACGAAAUCUCCUUCGAAUUAUUUUGCUUUGUUGCCGUGUUUGUCACAGUUUCGAAAUUAAUUGAGACAGAUAAGCCUAAAAAUCACUCCAUGAAUUUAAAACAGCUGCAAGCACUCUAAGAUGCCACAGAAAGCGUUUUCAACGGCAUGAAAAGUCCAUAGGUUUAUUAAAACAACACAGAGAGGAUUUCAAUCUUGGCCCCUAGCAUGUUAAUUUCUCUUUAGCUCGCAGUGAAACAUGAAACUGCAUACAACACUCCAUAUAUGUGCAAACGCCUCUUUACGUGCGUUCAUGCACAACACUUCAAUACGUGAUGUUCACGUUACUUGAAGAUUAAGUUGACUUCUUACCUCACAAAAAGGCAAUGGCUUCAGCAUUCCACAUCACAACAUUAAUGUUUUCACCCUGAAGUCAGAUUUAAAAUGGAUUUAAAAAACUCACAUCCAGUGUUAACACAUGCCUAUAAGCUAAUUUCUCAUUCCAUUCCAUUUCAAGAAUUUUAAUUUGAAAAUAGCAUGCCUUUGAAUCAAAUCAGCAGACAGGUACACAAAAUAUUUUCAAAAUACCCUUGGUAUUCUAAUUGAGCUUUGCAUUGCAACUGUCUGUUAUUGUCUUUUCCUUGUCAUUUCCUUGUCAUUUCCUUGUCAUUUCCUUGUCAUUAUCCAUACUUUGUUUAAUUUGUAGGCAAUCUCUCUUUGAAAGUGACUAAAGAUGACCUCCGCCGUCACUUUGGUUUAGACAGCACGCCUUACUUGAGAUCAAAUUCAUGGAUUGAAUUAUCUGUGGAACGUCCAGGAAUGUCUCAUGGGUUUGGAUUCAUUAAUGUACCAGAGCAACUGGCAAGUAAGUUUUGAGUGUAAUAGUGAGAAGUUAAGUCUGUUCACAAGCCAAGUGGUAAAAUGGUACUUAAUACAGUACACAGAACUUGAACUGUGCCAUCACCUUGCUUGCAAACUUGAUAAAACUUUGAGGCUUUAUUGUAUUCCAGGUCACUUACUUCAGCUGAAUGGAACAAAACUUUAUGACAGAUUCAUCAAAGUUGAACCAGCUAAUACUCAAAUGGGAGGUCGCAGGAGCAAAGUCUCUAUUCCUUCAAUGUUUCCAUCCUCAUAUGUAAUGCCAAUUCCACAACUGGCUAACUAUCCCUAUGGAAUGAACCAGUAUAGUAAUAACAUGAAGGGUCGACGGAACAGGCGACUUCCUCAAGGGCCAAAUGAAAUAGUGACUGUUCCAGAAGAUAAAAUUUUACAGCUUAUUGAUGUUGGUGUCAAUCUGCCAAACAAGGCGUAAGUCAAACUAACUAACUUUGUUAUAUGGCCAGGCAGUCCUGAGGUAAAUCACAAGUGUUCAGUUUUCAGACCAAAGAUGAACUUUUUCAAAUCAUUUGACAUUCUCUGCCAGAAAAAAAUUAAAACACAGAAAAUCACUUAGUAACAAAAUAAUAACUUCUUUGUUGGAGUAGUUUUCAUUCUAUUUUUUAAGGAUGUAAAGUUUUAUGUAAGCUAUGUUUUAAAAUCAACGUGACUGUUAUUUUGCAUUUCACUGCAGAUUUUCAAGAGAUAUACGAAAUGUCAUAGAACAAGCGGAUUUAGUGGGAAUAAAAAAAAUGAUUUUAACAGGGAACACUUUACAGAUGAGUCAGUCAGCUGUUCUUCAUGCUAAGGCACAUCCUCAUGUCUUGUAUGCAUCUGUUGGUGUACACCCUCAUUUCACAACAAAAGAAUGGAAUGAAAAAACAGCCAGGGAGAUUGAAGAAUUGGCAAAAGACCCGGUAGUUGUUGCUAUUGGUGAGGUUGGUUUGGACUUCCACAGAAAUUAUUCAGAUGAAAAGGCCCAAGUUGAAGCAUUUACAAAACAGGUAAGCCCUUGGGUAUUUAGUUCAUUGAAAUCGUGGACAAAACCAGCAAUAACGAUUUCUUUUUGAUAACACAACAGGUUGAAAUUGCUUGUGAGGUUCAGAAACCUCUCUUAGCACAUGAGCGGGCAUCGCACCAGAAGUUUAUUGAGGUGUUGAGUCACUUCAGUGGCAGGUUGCCUUCAAUUGUGAUUCACUGUUUCACUGGUAGUGUCUCUGAAAUGAGUGCCUAUGUUGCCAUGGGAUUUUACAUUGGAAUUUGUGGCUUUAUUUGCAAAGGUUAGUUGAACUGAGUUUCUUUUGAGGGCACUGACUAGUUUAUCCAAAAGUCUAUACCUGAACUGAGUGGCCCACAAGGGAGCUUAUCUUAGUCUCCAUGAAAUGAAGCAACCAGCAGUUUUGUUACUCCCUUUGGGCGAAGGCUUUUUCAAGCAUCUAUUUACAUUAUUGCAUAGAGAGAGGUGCUGUGAGAGUGAUGUGUCUUACCCAAGAACUCAGCAAAAUGACCUGGCUCAGCUAAGAACCCAAACCCUUAGACCUGGAAUUAACCAUUAGGCCACCAUGCCUCCUUCCAGUAAAUCCUUACUUGUGAGUUAACCCUUGUGAAUUUGAUUAUCUGAUACUUCAAAUUCCCUCACCUUCUUGAAAAAAAAGAGAAAAAAGAAAAACUUAUAUAUUUUUGUUUCUUAUAGGGUCAUUUUCUUCAAUACUUUAACUUCUUUAAAUUUUUGCGAUAUGAUGACAUCAUUAGUUGUCUUAUCCUGAGAAUAUAACAUUAUAUACUUGCAAUAAUCCCUUGGUGAUGAUUUUCUUUUGCUUUUGGCUAAAAACAGUGGAAAAAGUAAACAAAGAUCUUUAGUUUACCCACCCAAAAAGGAAUAACUAAAAACUUUUUCCAUGGUUGCAGAUAGUCCAGGCAAAGCAUUAAGAGAUGCUCUUAAAGAAGGUGUUUUACCACUAGACAGGAUUCUUCUUGAAAGUGAUGCUCCUUAUAUGAUUCCAAAUGCUCCUGAGAAGGAGUUGGACGAUGUAUGCAAAUCACUUCUUAAAAGGUGUCAGCCAGGACGGAAUGAGCCUUGUACUCUUCCUAUUGUGGCCCACACUGUUGCAAAAUGUCUUGGGGUUGAUGCUGAAGAGGUAGCACGAGCAUCGACUGAAAAUGCAAGGCGGGUUUUUGACCUGAAGUUACCUGUUCCUACCACACAACCUGCACCCACUGCCAUUGGGUCUGAAUAAAUGCUGCAUUGUACAAAGACAAUAAAAACUACUGCACAUAGUCUAAGUAUAUAACAUGUAUCUAUCUCUUUCAGAAUGAACAUUAUGAUACAUGUAGUCAUGCUUAGGCAGUUGGUUAUUAUCUAUGCAGGAAGGAUUGGUAGUAAAGGCUCUUUCCUUCUUAAUUAAAGCAGAAUUAAGUCAUUAUUCAUGCUAAACCUGCUGCCAGACCUUCAGAGAAGUUUUCACUGGUGGUACCUGCUUUACAAUUCCCCAACUUAAUAUUUUUUUUGUCUUAAAAAUGCCAUUUGUUGUCUAAAAAAUCCAAUCAGACAUGGAAGUGGAAAGGAAGUAUUUGAAAGAUUAGUAAUCUGUUACUUUACUAGGUCAUUUUUGACAGAGUAAAGUGAAAAUGCAAGACGAAGUCAGGAGUUAUGCUGACUGAUUAUUGUGCAAUAGAAUUAACCCUUUAACUCCCUGAUUAAAUUUGUAAUUCUCCUUACUGUCAACCAUGCAAUUUUUAUGUUCAGAGAAUUUAGUAUUGGAUCAACCAAUUAUCCAUAAAGUUAUAUUUUUCUUUAUUCUCAUCACUUAUCUGAUUGAUAUUGUAAUGAUAAUUUAAGGAGAAAUUCUGUCUUGAUCACUCAUGGGAGUCACAGGGUUAAUGCAGGGUCUCAAUGAUUAUUGCAACACGUUUUAAAUUUAUCCUCAUUUAUAGCCAAGGUAAGGAAUAUUUUGACCCAUUAAUAGGUUAAGUAUAAACAGUAACAAUUUUGACAGAGUUAAAAAGUGCAAUUGAAGAGUAUAUUCGAAAGUUAACUGAAAACUAUAGAUAACAAUGUUUCAAAGAUGUUUAAUAUAAUGUUUUGUUUGUUUACAAAAGUUAAAAAGUUGAAAAGAAAGAAAAAGCACCAUCUACAGAAUGCAGUUAACCAUCUUUUCAGUCUUGUAGAGCUAGAAUAUUUCUUAAGGUGUCAGGAUUUUGCUUUUUUCUACAGACAGUUGUGUUUGCUAAUGUACUGUGUAUUCCAUCCAAGCAGAUAUUUAAGUAUCAUCCAUACAAAAGGUGUUUUUGUUAAAUAUGAAAAGAAAGCAACCAUUAAACUUUGGUGUCAGUUUUAAAUCUUGGCUUACUUAAUCUAUUAUCUCUAUUAUUGUCAGUGGCAUGUGAAUCCAAAGAGGCUGAAUUGUUACUCUUGUUACCUCUGGUUGCUGCAAAGUAAGUUGCUUUGUUAAAAAAAAAUGUGAAAUAAUUAUUUUUAUUACAGGUAUUAAACAUUGUUGAUGUUUAAAG